UAUAGUUGUGCCGCAGUUAUAUAGUAUGCAACUAGCCACCUAGCUAGCCAAAACAUUUGGUCAAAGUUGUAGGUAAAAGCAAAUAGGCCUAUUGGAGUUUUUGAGUUAAACGACUUUCCAAUUAAUAACGUUCUGAGUGUAGUUGAGUACUUGAGAUUUAUGAUAGGUUUGUAGCCAUAUUCGACUUGGUUUGCGUUUUUUGUGCGGCGUUGACAAUACGUUGGUCAAGUCAGUUCGACCUUUCAGUUUUGCUCGGGAGAGGGCUGUUGAUGGUCAUAACUUGGAUAAGAAUCUAAAGAACAAGAACAAUAUGCACAUUUAUAUUUCAGCCGUCUUGAUGGGAACUUUUUUGUAUUUAGAACAAUGGUAGAUUGGUAGCCUCGGGCAGAUGGUGGUGAAGAUCUGAAUCUGGGGGACCGGAGCUCUGUGUGGCAUGUCUAAGAUGCAGUCCGACGCCUCCAUGGGUGACCAAGCGCCCCUGCUGCUGGCCCAGUGCUCGUCUACGAAUCCGCGGCCCGCCUGCCAAUCAGAACCUGCCGGCCAAUUGCAGGCGGCGCUUCAGCGGGCGGAGCUUCAGGGGGCGGAGCUGUCGAUGGCGCUGCCCCUGUCGGCGAAGGAGCCGAGGGAGGUGGUGCUGAGCACCCAGAGCCAGGCCGCCCUGAGGCUGGGCACCCAGCAGCUGAUCCCCAGGAACCUGGCGGUGGCCUCUCGAACCCGAACGCGCCACCACACCACCGUGGGCCUCGUGCCCGUGGCCCCGGCCCCAGCCCCUGCCCCGGCCCCGGCGCCGGCCCGCAAGGACCCCCGUCCCGCCUCGCGGCCGCAGCUCUCCUGGGAGGACUACGACAGCGACGGCGAGGGCGUCUCCGUCCGCCGGAACCGGCGGAACCGGUCCUACAAGGCGGCCGUCACCAGUCUGGACGCCCGGCUGAUGCCUGCGAGCGCGGCCAAGACCUCCCUCCCCGUGCUGAGCGAGGGGCCCCCGCAACGCCCAGAGGCACAGGCCGGCCAGCAGCCUGCGGCCCCUCCGCACGCCGCAGCCCGGCAGGGGACCGGCAAGAGGACUGUGGGAAGGAAGAGGAACCAGAGAGGGAGAGGAUCUUUUAAAGAUGAUCCGCGGCUCUACCAGGAGAUUCGGGAGCGCGGCCUGCACUCGGGCUGCCAGGACAUCGAGGAGGAGCUGCUGGAGGAGCAGGCUGAGACGCAGAGCUCCGAGCGGGACAUCGUCGUCAAGAGCUACCGGCCCACACACGUCACCUGGAGCCAGCUGCCACAGGUGCAGGAAAUGGGCAUUCUGGAGAGCAUCUCGGCGGAGGAGAGGAAGCGGCAGGAGGCCAUAUUUGAGCUCAUCACCUCCGAGUUCUCGUACCAGCACAGCCUGGGCCUGCUGGUGCAGAAGUUCCAGGGCAGCGAGGAGCUGCGUCGCACCAUGACCAACAUGGAGCACCACCACCUCUUCUCCAACAUUGCCGACAUCCAGGCCGUCAGUCGCAAGUUUUUCGAGGACCUGGAUAGUCGUCACCAGGACAACCCGUUGAUCCGAGACAUCGGCGACAUCGUGCGGGAGCACGCCACCACGCACUUCCAGCCCUACAUCACCUACUGCUCCAACGAGACCUUCCAGCAGAGGACGCUGCAGAAGCUGCUUGUAGGUAGCGGUGCGUUCAAGGAGGUCCUGAAGCGGAUUGAGAACAGCACUGAGUGUGGGGGUCUGCCCGUCAUCUCCUUCCUCAUCCUGCCCAUGCAGAGAGUCACCCGCCUGCCGCUACUGCUGGACUCUAUCUGCCAGAAGACGGACGAGGAGACUGAUGAGUACAUCAGUGCGAUGCAGGCGCUGAAGGCCAUCAGUAAGCUGGUGAAGCAGUGUGAUGAUGGAGCGAGGACCAUGGAACGCACGGAGCAGAUGUACACCAUCCAGCAGCAGAUGGAUUUCGGCAAGAUCAAGCCUUUCCCGCUGGUGUCAUCCUCCCGCUGGCUACAGAAACGAGGCGAGCUGGCUGUCUGCACUGAAGAGCUCGGAAGCUUCUGGAAGCCCUUCAGCCCCAAGAGCUACUACCUGUUCCUGUUUAAUGAUGUGCUCAUCGUCACGAGGAGGAAGAGCGAGGACAGUUACGUGGUGAUGGACUACGCCACCCUGGAGAACGUGGAGGUGCCACGGCAGCACUCGGACGGGCACGUCUCCCCUCCCGUCAGGCAGGGCGGCUCCUCCGCCUUCACCCUGAAGCUGCUGAUGAAGAAGAACAGCGACGGGCGGACCGAGCUGACCGUCCUCGCCGCCGAGUCUUCGCUUGAACGAGCCCGUUGGAUGACGGCGUUACGGAAACACAGCAAAGCGGAGAACAACAAAGGCAGCAAGGAAGGCCUGCGCCAGUGUGAGGUGACCAAAGCCUACCUCCCAAAGAGUCCUGAUGAGCUGGGGCUACAGCAGGCGGAGGUAGUCAUUGUCCUUCAGGAAGAAGAGGGGUGGUGCUACGGGGAGAGGAUGCGCGACGGAGAGACCGGCUGGUUCCCCGCGGGCUGCGCCACGGAGAUCACCAACCGCCUGGCCGUCGAGCGCAACGUGCGGCGCAUGGAGCGCAUCCGCAAGGAGACGAACGUCUGAGGCGCACCCCGGGGACGGCCGCGGGACGGGCCGCUGAACCCGGCUUCGCUGGUCCCCGUCAGCAUUUAAAAAGACAGGAUAAAACAGGACUGAGCUCGUUUCACCAUUGAAAACACAUAGGGACUGAACUCGGUUUAACAUUUAAAUACAUGGGGUGAAACAGGACUGAGCUGAGCUCAUUUUAAGAUUUAAAACACAGGAAUAAAACAGGACUGCGCUCGUUGUAAGAUUUAAAAACAGGAUAAACCAGGACUGAGCUCGUUUUCACUUGUAGUCACUUAGUGGACGCUUUUUGGGUGGCAUUGGCUCAGGAGAUCAGCAGUCGUUGGGUAGCCGGUUCAAUCCUGGCCUGGGUGUGUCGAAGUGUCCCUGAGCAAGACGCCUAACCCCCAAUUGCGCCUGACGAGCUGGUUGGGGCCUUGCAUAGCAGCCAAUCGCCUUAGGUGUGAAUGGGUGAAUGAGACGCAUCAAUUGUACAGCCCGUUGGAUAAAGACGAUAUAUAAAUGUAGACCAUUUAUCCAGAGUGAUUUAGAUUUAGAUUUGAGACUAAGCAGAGGACAAUCUCUCUUGGAGCAAUGUGGGGUUAAGGGCCUUGCUCAAGGGCCCAACCGCUGCGGAUCUUAUCGUGGCUAUACCGGGACUUGAACCACCAACCUUCCGGGCUACAUGCUAGGCAUGGUAUAACUAGGAAAACUUGAGCAGAAUGCCCUAGUUGUACAUUCUUUUUUUACGACCCAGAAAAUCUGUGAGCAACACUGCCACACUCACUACCUUCAGAUUCAAGUUAGUGCCAAAAGGGUCAUUAGACAUAUUACAGAAUAUGAAAUAUGGCUAAUAUUUUCAUUGUAAAGGAUUAGGCUGACAGCUGUAGCAGGGUCAAAUCACUUCAUGAUUUGCCGUACUGAUGGAUGUACACCUUUAAAUAGAAUUGUAAUCUGUUGGCUUAGACACUAUUAAUUAAAUAAAUAUUGAUUGAACAGGGUGUUAAUAGAAAAUGUGGGUUCAGUAAUGGCAGAAGUUACCUGUGCAUGUGCAUAAUUUGUAACAGCUCUCUGCCAGCAUACAAGAGCCAAGUGAUUAGCACUACUAAAUCAUUUUGCCUGUCACCACUUGCAGACAGGUAUUUUAGAGAGUUGAGUCUACCAUACCCCAUCUGUGGUCUCGACUGGAUAUAGUGCAUCAGCAUUUAGGCUCACUGCAACAUCUGCUUGUUGAUGUUAAUGCGUCUCAUGAACUGUUUUAUGAUAGCAAGUGACCUCAGACAAUACUGACCAUUAUGGAGAAAUGAUGAUUCAUUCUUACUUCACUGACUGUUUAUAGAGAUGGGAGUACAAGCCUAUGACUUCACAGUAAGCACUGCAUGAAAUGCCCAGAUUGAAUUUACCUGGCUGGUGGCAUGGCCCUACUCACAUUUGUACUGUACACACAAACCGCCAUUUUAAGUGCCAAUGGCCUCAAACACAACCAUAUUGGGUGAAGCACUCUCAAUAAAGACAUAAAACUCUG